CGUCAUCUUCACCUUCGAUCCGCAGAAGCAUUUCUUUCCUCGCCUUCUUCUUCUUCUUCACAGCACAGUGCCUUUCUUUCUUUCUUUCUUCUCCACCGCCCUAGUAUUAUAUUUAGUACAGCCCUAUCGCUGCUGCUGCUACAGUAGUGACCAGUACUAGUACUACUAGUAUACUGCUCUCUCUUGCUAGCUUUGCCUCCUCUUCUUCUUCCUCCUCGCCUUCUCCCUGGCCUUGCAGUUGCAGCAACCACCAUAUCUCUGCCAGCCUAGUACUAUCUCACUCUUCUCUUCUCUCUCUUUCUGCUUAGCUAGCUCGAGGGUUAGCUAAGCUUAGCUUCUCCUCUCUUUUUCUUUCCUCUUUUCCUCACUGGCUUCUUUCCAGUUAGUACUACUACUGGUAGCUGGUAAAGCUUAUUAGGUCGUCGUUGUGGAUGGAUAUGGAUGCCAUGGCUCCGUCUCUCUCAUAGUCCACACUACGAGCUAGUUAGCCACUCAGCAAGAGAGAGGAGACCGAUCGAGCUCUCCAUCUCCUUCAAGCUCAUGCAUGCACUAGUGUUGCUGCUGCUGCUCGUCGCAUCGCAAUCUCAUCAUCAUCCCCACCUCAACACCUCAAUUCCACCACUGUCACGCCGGGUCUAAGCUAGCAAUCGAUCGAUCGAUCGACAGCGAAAGAUUAGUCCGUCUUUUUCUUUUUGUUAAUUUGUUGGCAUGCAGCAGCCGGGGAUGCCGCCAUUCUCGGCAGCCGGCGGCGAGGGGGCGCCGUCGCCGAUCAGCAGCCGGCCGCCGCCGCCGGAGCAGGCGGCGGCGGCGGCGGCGGAGGAGCAGCUCAACGGGAGCUCACUGGAGCACGACGGGGUGCUGGGCGGCGAGGAGGGCGACCGGGGCGGGUCGUCGGCGGGCAACCGGUGGCCGCGGCAGGAGACGCUGGCGCUGCUCAAGAUCCGGUCGGAGAUGGACGCCGCCUUCCGGGAAGCCGCCCUCAAGGGCCCCCUCUGGGAGGAAGUCUCCAGGAAGCUCGCGGAGAUGGGGUACAAGAGGAGCGCCAAGAAGUGCCGCGAGAAGUUCGAGAACGUCGACAAGUACUACAAGCGCACCAAGGACGGCCGCGCCGGCCGCGGCGACGGCAAGACCUACCGCUUCUUCACCGAGCUCGAGGCCCUCCACGGCGCCGCCGCCGCCACCGCGCGCCCGCCGCCGGUGUCCCUCGCGCCGGCGCCCGUGGCCGUGGCGCCGCCGGCCACCCCUGCGGGUCUCUCGGCGUUGCGCGUCCACGCCUCGCCGCCGCCGCCGCCUGUCAAGCAGCACGCCGCUCCGCCGCCGCCUGUCAUGGAUGUGGCGGCGUGCGUGAUGACGAUGGACGACGUGAGCUUCUCGUCGGGGUCGGACACGGAGGAGACGGCGGAGGAGGGCGGGAAGCGGAAGCGGAGGGGCGGCGGAGGCAUCGGCGGCGGCGGCGGCGGCGGGAAGGCGAUGAGGAUGUUCGAGGGGCUGAUGCGGCAGGUGAUGGAGCGGCAGGAGGCGAUGCAGCAGAGGCUUCUGGAGGCGAUCGAGCGGCGCGACCAGGAGAGGAUGAUCCGCGAGGAGGCGUGGCGGCGGCAGGAGGUGGCGCGCCUCGCCCGCGAGCAGGACGCCCUCGCCCAGGAGCGCGCCAUUGCCGCCUCCCGCGACGCCGCCGUCAUCUCCUUCAUACAGAGGGUCACCGGCCAGUCCAUCGCCGCCGUGCCACCGCCGCCGCUGCAGCCCACGCCGGUGGCUUCCGCUGCACCACCACCACCACCGCAGCAUCAUCAUCAGCAAACACCACCACCGAUUCAGGUUCAGCCGCACCACAUAAUGCCGAUGACGCCGCAGCCCCAGCUGCAACCACCGCAGCCGCAGAGCAAGGAGGCCAACACCGUCGUCCGGGCGGCGCCGCCGCCGCAAGAGCAGCACGACACGGCGGCGUCCGGCGGCGGCGGCGGCGCGUCGUCGUCGAGGUGGCCGAAGGCGGAGGUGCACGCGCUGAUCCAGCUGCGCACAGAGCUGGAGACGAGGUACCAGGACUCGGGGCCCAAGGGGCCUCUCUGGGAGGACAUCUCGGCGGGGAUGCGGCGGCUGGGGUACAGCCGGAGCUCCAAGAGAUGCAAGGAGAAGUGGGAGAACAUCAACAAGUACUUCAAGAAGGUGAAGGAGAGCAACAAGAAGCGCCCCGAGGACUCCAAGACAUGCCCCUACUACCACCAGCUCGACGCGCUCUACCGCACCAAGGCGGCCAACGCCGCCGCCGCCGCCUCAGCCUCGCCGGCUCCGGCGACCACCACCGUGCUUGCCCCGGUGCCGCUCUCCCAGACGCCGCCGCACGUCGACCACGGCGGCAGCAACGGCAAUGGGAAUGGGUGGGCGAGUGCCAACAACGGCGGCGGCGGCAGCAGCUCCGGGGGCAUGCAAACGAAGGCUAGCAACAAUGGCACGGCGACGGCCGGCGGGCUGCCCGUCGUUUCGGUCGCCGGCGGCAACGGCAACGGCAACGGCGUGGCGGCGACGACGGAUAACAAGGGAUCGAAGCAGGUGCCCGUCGCGAAGGAGACGGCGGGGCAGAGGCAGCCACAGCCGUUGGCCAUGAACCACAACUACGGCAACGACAGAAUGGCCGACGACAUGGACAGCGACAGCAUGGACGACGACGACGACGACGACGAAUUUGACGACGACGAAAACGACGACGACAUCGGCGGUGGCAAGAUGCAGGUGCAGUACGAGACGUCGUCCCAUUUCCAACGGCCGCAGCUGCAGAACCAGAACGUCGUCGUCGGCCGGCCAAACGCGAGCGGCGGCGGCGGCGGUGGCGCUCCGACGACACCGGCGGGCCCUCCGCCGCCUGCGGCAACAAGUGGGACGUCAUUCUUGGCCUGCGUCCAGUGACGACGACGACGACGACACGACGACAUAUAUACACCAAGAGAAAUAUGCUCAGGUGGUGGCGAUCUCGAUCUCGAUCUACUAUCUCCUGUACCAUAUGGACCUAGCUAGCUAGCCAUCCACUUGCAUUCUUUAACUCCUACAACUACACUAUAUCGAUCCCUAGUUAGCAUAAGCUCGUUAAAACCUGAAGGCCAAAAUUUACUGUUCCUUGCCUAGAUUCCAAGUUCCAACAACCUGAUCUUUUCCGUAUAUUUCUUCUCCUUUCCUGCACAUAACAUUAUUUAUCGUCGUAUACACCUUGUACAUGUCACACACUCACCAUGUCCAUACAAACAUAAAUGGUAUUGGGGGACCUCCUGGAGGGAGAGAUCUAGCUAGAGAGAAGAUAAAAAGGAGGUGAGAUAUCUUUGUACAUGUGAAGGGUUUUGCGUACGUAGGUACAUGUCUGUUUUUCUCUUUAGUGCUGUAUUAACAGUCCAGUGCUCAAGUACUACAAGCUACGGCAACCGAGAGAAAGGCAUGCAUGAUCAUGCUUCUUUUUUUUGGGUAUACUUUCGGAUGUUCUUUUUUUUUUCUUUUUAGAAAUUUUACUGUCUGUUAUGUGUUAUGCAAGUUUUCUUUGUCAUACUGUUGGUGAAUUGUACACUUGGUAAUUGUAAAAUCAUUGAGGUUAAUAUAUAUGCGGGCAUAUUACAUCCUUA